GACUAUAGAAACAGGAAGAGACCGUUUCUACCUGUGUUAUAGGACUAUAGAAACAGGAAGUGACAGUUUCUACCUGUGUUAUAGGACUAUAGAAACAGGAAGUGACAGUUUCUACCUAUCCACCAAUCACGUCUCAGCCCCGUUGGUUCUUGUCUUUCUGCUGCAGGACCAGUGGGGUCACGUGGAGGAGAUCGAGCUGGUGAACGAUGGAUCUGGUUUGGGUUUUGGCAUCGUGGGGGGGCGAGGGACCGGCGUGGUGGUCCGGACGCUGCUCCCCAACAGCGUGGCUGAUAAGGAUGGGCGUCUCCGUACAGGUGACCACAUCCUUCGCAUCGGGGCGACGCCCACCAGCGGCCUCUCCAGCGACCAGGUGGUCAAAGUCCUGCAGGGCUGCGGGAGUUACGUAACGCUGCUGAUAGCCAGGGAUCCCCGGGGUCAGAGGUCAACCGCCCUGCCUCCGCCGCCCCCUCCUGACUCCGCCCCCGUCUCUUCCUUACCCCCCCGGCCUCCCAACCUGCCGCAGCGCCGCCACAGCAAGACGGUAAGCAGCCAGAAGAACCACCAUCACCAUCCAGAAGUCCACUAA